AUGGUCCCAACCAACGGGGCGCUUAGUACAACAGCGACAUCCUACCAGACCGUGGUCAACUUUACCUGUAACACUGGAUACGUACUGAACGGCACCACUAAUACGACGUGCCAAGCUAACGGAACAUGGAGCAAUACUGUACCAACAUGCACACCAAUGCAAUGUCACACUCUGAUGGUCCCAACUAACGGAGCGCUCAGUACCACAACGACCUCCUACCAGACCGUGGUCAACUUUACCUGUAACACUGGAUACGUACUGAACGGCACCACUAAUACGACGUGUCAAGCUAACGGUACAUGGAGCAAUCCCGUUCCAACAUGCACACCAAUGCAAUGUCAGUCUCUAACGGUCCCAACUAACGGAGCUAUCAGUACCACAGCGACCUCCUACCAGACCGUGGUCAACUUUACCUGUAACACGGGAUACGUACUGAACGGCACCACUAAUACGACGUGCCAAGCUGACGGAACAUGGAGCAAUCCUGUACCAACAUGCACACCAAUUCAAUGUGACACUCUAAAGGUCCCGUCUAACGGAGCGAUCAGUACCACAGCGACCUCCUAUCAGACCGUGGUCAACUUUACCUGUAACACGGGAUACGUACUGAACGGCACCACUAAUACGACGUGCCAAGCUGACGGUACAUGGACCAAUCACGUUUCAACAUGCACACCAAUGCAAUGUCAGUCUCUAACGGUCCCAACUAACGGAGCGCUCAGUACCACAACGACCUCCUACCAGACCGUGGUCACCUUUACCUGUAACACGGGAUACGUACUGAACGGCACCACUAAUACGACGUGCCAAUCUGACGCAACAUGGAGCAAUACUGUACCAACAUGCACACCAAUACAAUGUGACACUCUGACGGUCCCAGCUAACGGAGCGCUCAGUACCACAGUGACAUCCCACCAAAUCGUGGUCAACUUUACCUGUAACAUGGGAUACGUACUGAACGGCACCACUAAUACGACGUGCCAAGCUGACGGAACAUGGAGAAAUACUGAACCAACAUGCACACCAAUGCAAUGUGAUACUCUGACUGUUCCAACUAACGGAGCGAUCAGUACCACAGCGACCUCCUACCAGACCGUGGUCACCUUUACCUGUUACACUGGAUACGUACUGAACGGCACCACUAAUACGACGUGCCAAGCUAAUGGAACAUGGAGCAAUCCUAUACCAACAUGCACACGAAUGCAAUGUGAGACUCUGACGGUCCCAACCAACGGAGCGCUCAGUACCACAACGACCUCCUACCAGACCGUGGUCACCUUUACCUGUUACACUGGAUACGUACUGAACGGCACCACUAAUACGACGUGCCAAGCUAAUGGAACAUGGAGCAAUCCUAUACCAACAUGCACACCAAUGCAAUGUGAGACUCUGGCGGUCCCAACUAACGGAGCACUCAGUACCACAGCGACCUCCUACCAGACCGUGGUCAACUUUACCUGUAACACUGGAUACGUACAAAACGGCACCACUAAUACGACGUGCCAAGCUGACGGUACAUGGAGCAAUCCCGUUCCAACAUGCACACCAAUGCAAUGUCAGUCUCUAACGGUCCCAACUAACGGAGCGCUCAGUACUACAGCGACCUCCUACCAGACCGUGGUCAACUUCACCUGUAACACGGGAUACGUACUGAACGGCACCACUAAUACGACGUGCCAAGCUGACGCAACAUGGAGCAAUACUGUACCAACAUGCACACCAAUUCAAUGUGACACUCUAAAGGUCCCAUCUAACGGAGCGAUCAGUACCACAGCGACAUCCUAUCAGACCGUGGUCAACUUUACCUGUAACACGGGAUACGUACUGAACGGCACCACUAAUACGACGUGCCAAGCUGACGGAACAUGGGGCAAUCCUAUACCAACAUGCACACCAAUGCAAUGUGAUACUCUGACUGUUCCAACUAACGGAGCACUCAGUACCACAGCGACCUCCUACCAAAUCGUGGUCAACUUUACCUGUAACACGGGAUACGUACUGAACGGCACCACUAAUACGACGUGCCAAGCUGACGAAACAUGGGGCAAUCCUUUACCAACAUGCACACGUAAGGCGACUUGA